AUGUCAACAGCAAGUACAGCUCAGGCUACCCAAGCCUGGCUGCGCUCUUCUAGGCAAGUGCAGGUGCCAAUGACCUGGCUGGAAGCCUGCGUUGAGUGGAUUUUUGAGGAAAACGGGGGCGCCGCAAUGUCUCAAGCCCAGCUCAAUCAGCACGUCCUGGACCAGUGGCUGCUUACGGAUCUCAGAGACCUGGCCCACCCCGUUCUUCCGGCAGGGAUCUCCGAAGCCCAAAAGACGGAGCUGAACGGUUGUUACUGUGUACAAGUUGAUUCUCUCCUGGAUGUGAGCCAGCCCGCCUACACUCAGCUGCAGCGCCACAGGGGUUCCGACUGCUCCAACGAACAGGUGUCCGCCGUGACACAGGCUACCCAAAAGCCAUGGGAGGCCAAACCCACGCGUAUGUUAAUGUUGCAGCUCACGGACGGCGUGCAGUGCCUGGAAGGAAUGGAAUAUCAGCCCGUCCCAGCCCUCAGUGCCAGCCUACGCCCUGGCGCCAAACUCCAGCUGUCGGGCCGCAUCGUGUGUCGCCUCGGGGUGCUUUUGCUCAAAUCGGAGAACGUGAAGGUGAUGGGGGGUGAGGUGGAGGAACUGAUGGAGAGGAACUUCCAGGGAAGGGUGCUGUGCAGGACUCUCGGACUCCCUGAGGAGGAUCCACAAAGGGAAGGUGAGCAAGAUGAUGAGGAGCUCCUGGUGAGCCUUGAGAACAUGGUGGAGAACCAGAUGGCACCAAGAGCGGCAGGAAGUCUGGAUAGCGGCUUUGAGAGCCUGGGAUCACGUGCUUCUCUCGGGUUGGAACCUCCCUACUCCCGUCACUCGGAACCCUCAUGGAUGGCUUCCAAUCCUCAAACACCCCCGAAUCAUGGAGGGAACACUCCAAGCGUGGUAGAGAUUCCUGAUGAGGACUUUGACGAUAUUCCACUCGAUGAGCUGGACGAUGUGAUUUUUGACCAGGAAUUUCCUCCAGAGCUGCAGGAUUCCCCAAACACAGAGGUGAACUCAGUUCAGAGCGUAAUCCCAAGAAACCAAACAACUGUGAACAGGAGUGCAGAGCUGAUACCUCAUUCAGCUUCCGUGCAUUCUGCCACUCAGGAAAGUGAACCCUUAGAAGAAAUGGACAUUCUCCCCAAUGACCUUGACUGCUUUUUCCCCUCAGAACCACAGCCCUCAGCUGCACAGUCAGUUUCUGUAAAAGCACACAGUUCAAUGGGUCAAGAACCUAGUCUUCUGAAGCCAAAAGACCACCCCACUCAAGAACUAAGAGAACCAUCAACCGUUAUCCCCUCACCCUGGACCUAUUUAUGUGUCUUGCAGGCAAACGAUUGGCCACCAUCAUAUGUUAGGGAGGUACGUAUGUAUGCCUUUAUUGUCACCCUUCUGGGGAAUCUACAAAGCAACGGGGGCACAUGGAAAAUCGGUGCCACCAUUUCAGACGGGACGGGCUAUCUCGACGCGGACCUCUCGGAUGGGGUCCUCGCCAGCCUGAUUGGGUUUUCCGCAGCCGAAGCAAGAACUAUGAGAAAAGACCCAGGUUUGCGCGGCCAGGUUGAGGCCGGGAUGCUGAAAUGUCAGAGGGCUCUUGUUGACAUGUGUUGUGUCAUGACCGUGCGUUUCGACCCAGCGGUUGGUCGAGCUGUUGUCUUAGAAGUGGACGAUGUUUCUGAAAGAGACCGCUCCGAGCUAGAAAGGCGAGUACGAGGUAGAAAAACAUAG